CACUAUUCUGAUCUGACAGGUGGUUCAGAAAAAGCUGUAAAAAUAAAAUAAUCCAUCACAUCCACAAGCUUCCAUUGUACGUACUCAACAGGUUGUUAAACAAUUUCCUAAAAUUCUUUAAAAGAACUGAAUUUUUGUAAAAGGGAUGGAGUACGAUUAUUUAAUAAAGUUCCUUGCCCUUGGGGAUUCAGGGGUUGGAAAAACUAGCUUCUUGUACCAGUACACAGAUGGAAUGUUUAAUUCCAGAUUUAUAUCGACAGUGGGCAUAGAUUUCAGAGAAAAAAGAUUGAUCUAUCAGUCGAAAGGAAGAAAUCACAGAAUUCAUUUACAACUUUGGGACACAGCUGGACAAGAAAGAUUCCGCAGCUUAACAACGGCUUUCUAUAGAGACGCUAUGGGAUUUUUGCUUCUAUUUGAUCUUACCAAUGAACAGUCCUUUCUAGAAAUCCGUAACUGGAUAGAACAACUAAGGUUACAUGCGUAUUGUGAAUGCCCCGAUGUAGUUUUAUGUGGCAACAAAGCGGACUUAGAAGACAGAAGGGUUAUAACAGAAUGGAAAGCUAGGGAAGUUGCUGAGAAACAUGGUCUUCCAUAUUUGGAAACGAGUGCUGCAACUGGUCAAAAUGUUACCAGAGCCGUAGAAACCCUUUUAGAAAGGGUGAUGAUAAGGAUGGAAACGGCUGUGGAUAGAGCGAUGCUUCCGGGUAGGCGAGGAAGACCCAGGGAUGUAAACGAUCCCGACCUAAAUGCUCCCUCUGCUCACAAUUGUACGUGCUGAUAGCGAAACAGAUUAAAAUAUGAUUGACCCAGUAUUACUCUCAACAAAUAUACUCCUUGCCACCGUUGGAGGGAGCCUAAUAUUAUGUACGUUAUCAAAUGAGUAUAUUUUAUGAAUUUUAGAGAAUCGUUCAAAAAGGAUAGCUUUUGUAUUUAUUGUUGUGUAUUCAAUAAAUGUAA